AUGAGUCACGGCCUUAUUCAGAAUUAUGAAUAUAUUGCUAAUCAUAUCAAAGAUUAUAUUGAAGAAAAUAAGAUAUUUAGUGUGUUUGAAACGCAAGAUAUCAAAAAAAUCAUGGAUUUGUCACAAUUGGCAACCAAUGACUUCGUUAAACUUCUAAAACAAUCAUAUCCUACAAUCAAACCAAACAAAUUAUACAAAUGCACUAGAAAGGCGAAUGUCUCUAUACAAAAUUUCGAAGAUGUGAUUUCAAUUUUUAAAACAAUCAAGAAAUACAUGAAACUAAGAAUCCUUGAUGGUGUUAUUGAUUUUUUAAUACAUAAACAAAAUGAAAUACCAGUUUGUACUGCGAAAAACCAAAAACUUCAAACUGAAUUAAAAACAAUUCAAAAUCAACCACCAAAAAGCAAAAAAGUAACAAAAGUCAAUCUGAUUAAUGCAGAAAGAACUAAUGAUAAUGAAAUUCUAGCGAAAAUUUCAGAGCUAAAAAAUUGUAAUGAUUUUGAAACAGUCUACAAAUUUUUUGACGAGCUUUCAUGCCAAGAAAAUCGAAAAAUGAUAUCUAAAUCAUGCGAUGAAGGACUUUGGACAAAGAUUGCUGCAGGAGAAUCACCUUUUUUGAUAAAAAGAAUGUACUCCAUGUAG